CGGCGCGGGCAGUGCUGGCCGCCGUCCCGGGGCGCACGGACGUGGCUCGCGUUUCCUGCGCGCCCGGCUCCCCGCGCCCCCGCUCCGCGCCGUCUUCGCCGGCUCCGCGUCGCCCGCUGCCCCCGGUCGGCCCCGGACAGCCAUGGAGGACGUCACGCUGCACAUCGUGGAGCGCCCUUUCGCGGGGUACCCGGACGCGGCCGAGGCCUCUGAGCCCCCCGCCGGGGGCGCCCCGGCCGCCGAGGAGCCGUCUGGGGCCGGCGCGGAGGAGCUGAUCAAGGCGGACCAGGUGAACGGCGUGCUGGUGCUCAGCCUGCUGGACAAGAUCAUCGGCGCCGUGGACCAGAUCCAGCUGACCCAGGCGCAGCUGGAGGAGCGGCAGGCGGAGAUGGAGGGCGCGGUGCAGAGCAUCCAGGCGGAGCUGGCCAAGCUGGGCCGCGCGCACGCCGCCACCAGCGGCACGGUGGGGAAGCUGCUGGACAAGGUGCGCAAGGUCAGCGUGAACGUCAAGACGGUGCGCGGCAGCCUGGAGCGCCAGGCGGCGCAGAUCAAGAAGCUGGAGGCCAACGAGGCCGAGCUGCUGCGGCGCCGCAACUUCAAAGUCAUGAUCUACCAGGACGAGGUGAAGCUGCCGGCCAAGCUGAGCGUGAGCAAGUCGCUCAAGGAGGCGGAAGCGCUGCCCGAGCGCGAGGGCGAGGACGCAGGCGAGGGCGCGCGGCCUGAGGACGAGGAGGACGCGGCGGCGCCCGAGCUGUCGUCGGACGAGGCGGUGGAGGUGGAGGAGGUGAUCGAGGAGUCGCGCGCCGAGCGCAUCCGGCGCAGCGGGAUGCGGCGCGUGGACGACCUGCGCAAGGCCUUCUCACGCGAGAAGAUGGAGCGCACGCGCCUGCGCACCAAGGAGAACCUGGAGAAGACGCGCGUGCGCACCCGUGAGAACCUGGAGAAGACGCGGCACUCGCUGGAGCGGCGCGUGACCACGCUGGGCGCGCGCCUCGUGCCAGCGGAGCGCCGUGAGAAGCUGCGGUCCUCUCGCGAGAAGCUGCGCAAGUCCUUCACUCCCGACCACGUGGUGUACGCGCGCUCCAAGACCGCUGUCUACAAGGUGCCGCCCUUCACCUUCCAUGUCAAGAAGAUCCGCGAGGGUGCGGCCGAGCCUCCACGUGCCACCGAGAUGGUGCCGGUGGGCGCCGACGAGGAUGAGCCCGGGCCCGAGCGCAGUGACGCCGGCGACCUGCUGCGCGCCAGCAGCCCCGACAUGCACGCGCUGCUGGAGAUCACCGAGGAGUCGGACGCCGUGCUGGUGGACAGGAGCGACAGCGACUGAGCCCUCCCUGCUGUCCCUUGCCCGCUUGCUCUG